UUCUCUACUGGGUCCUGGCCACUGUCACCAGACUCAUCACCUCCACCUCCACCUCCACCUCCAACCUCCGCAAACACUACUCCUUUGCCGUAUUCCCCCAAAUCCACCACCCCAACAUUGCCCCAUUAUUCGUUCCCUUAAACUUCCCAACUUGUUUUCGGUUGAAAUUUCACCAGCACGAGCAGAUUGUCUUCCGCCGUCGGCAUCGGAGUUUCCUUCAACUUCAACCCCUUUUUGUCGAGUAGGUGAGAGAUGGACUUUGAAAAGAUAGAGACAGAAGUGAAGAUUCAUGUACAGAAAUGGGUAGGAGAAGCUCAGUUAUUGAUUCAGAGGACAUCACCAGCUCAACUUUAUGUCGCCGUUGCCGUAGUCGUGUUCACCAUGCUUUUACUCAUACUCAUUAAACUUUUCAAACGCAAAACAUCUAAUACCAUUGUGCUCACUGGGCUCAGUGGAAGUGGAAAAACCAUUCUCUUUUACCAACUCCGUGAUGGCUCCUCUCAUCUGGGUACUGUGACAUCUAUGGAACCUAAUGAAGGCACCUUUGUACUGCACUCUGAGACAACUAAGAAGGGCAAGAUAAAGCCUGUUCACAUUGUUGAUGUUCCUGGGCAUUCUCGUCUUCGAGCCAAACUAGAUGAGUUCUUGCCUCAAGCAGCUGGCGUUGUCUUUGUUGUUGAUGCUGUGGAAUUCCUACCUAACUGCCGUGCUGCCUCAGAGUAUCUCUAUGAAGUUCUUACAGCUGCAAGUGUUGUAAAGAGGAAGAUUCCACUUCUCAUCCUCUGCAACAAGGUGGAUAAAGUCACCGCACACACAAAGGAUUUCAUCAGAAAACAGCUGGAGAAAGAAAUUGACAAGCUUCGGACAUCAAGAACAGCAGUAUCUGAGGCAGAUGUCACUGAUGAAUAUACACUUGGGACACCUGGUGAAGCCUUUGCAUUUUCCCAGUGUCACAACAAAGUCGUCAUUGGAGAAGCUUCUGGUUUAACUGGUGAGAUAAGUCAGUUGGAAGACUUCAUUAGAAAUCUUGUGAAGCCUUGAUUGGAGAAUCCAUGUUGUACCCUGAGUGGUUUCCUUCGAUGUGAAAGAAGUACAUCCUCGUUUUAAUUUGCUGGAGAUAUGGGUGAGAGAAAGGACAUUUGACCGGGUGAGGUGGCUCAAGUUUAGGGAAGAGAAAAUGAUGGUGCACCGAAAGUGUUUUAUCAUUGCACUUGUUUCAGUUAUUAGGAAAUAUGUCUCACCCUAAUGCUUGAGUAGCUCCGCUAAGAAUUUCCUUUUGAGUGACAUACAUCUUAUUCUUUGACACCUAAUUGAAUGAUAUGCAUCAUUAGUCAGCUUCUUAUUCUAAUUUUCCAGCAUGUGUACUUGAGAGCUUGCAGUAUUUAGAGCAUGGAUUUGGUAAUGUAACUCCUGCAGUGGACAUCAUCAGAAAUUGGGUUUUUGCAA